AUGGCUCCUCGUGAGCGAAAAUCAUCGGAGAUUGAGACUGAGACAGUCCAGCAGCAGUCCCUUGAAAUGAGUAACACAAAAAUCCAGAAGGACAUCGCGCACGUUGAGCGGGUUCUGUUCCCACCCGAUGAGCUACAGAAAGAAGACAUGGAUUAUGACCGAGUUGAUAAGGAGAUUCAAAUGUACGCUGGCCGCGGUCAGAUUGAGAUUGACGCCGCGGAAAACAAGCGUCUUAAGCGCAUGAUCGACCGCCGUGUCUUGGCUGUCAUGAUUGUCACCUAUUUCCUCCAAGCCCUCGAUAAGGGAACACUGUCAUUUUCUUCCAUCAUGGGAAUCAAACAGGAUGCCCACCUGGAAGGUGGACAGAAGUAUUCCUGGCUGACCACCUGUAUUUACAUCGCCGUGCUGAUUGUCGAGUACCCAACCAACUGGAUUAUCCAGCGGGUUCCCAUCGCCAAGUACUUGGGUAUCAACAUCUGCCUUUGGGGUAUGAUCUUAGCCCUACAUUCAGCCUGCCAUAACUUCACAGGUCUAGUGAUUGUGCGAAGUCUACUCGGUAUUUUUGAAGCCGUGUGUCAGCCGACCUUUGUGCUGCUAUCCUCGAUGUGGUACAAGCGUGAGGAACAGGCGGAGACGGUAACCUUCUGGUACAUGAUGAACGGAGCCCAACAGAUCGUCGGUGGCCUUCUGGCCUACUGCUUUACCUUGAUUGGAAGCGAUAAGGUUCUCAAGUCAUGGCAAGCUUUGUUUUUGACCUACGGCUGCUUAUCCGUGCUCUGGGGCCUGUUCGUCAUCUGGUGGAUGCCCGAUUCGCCCAUGCGUGCGAAGUGUUUCACCGAAGAGGACAAGCAUAAGAUGGUUGAGCGUCUACGUUCUAACCAGACGGGUAUCCAAAACAGGGAAUUCCGUGCUUACCAGAUGUGGGAGGCUUUCCGCGACCCCCAGACCUGGUGCUAUUGCAGUAUCCAGUUCUUUACGACCCUUCCAACCAGUGGCCUGGGUGCGUUUGCUAAUAUUAUCUUCACGAGCUUCAAGUUCACUACUCUACAAAGCCAGCUGCUCGCCAUGGUAUUGGGAUUCUACAUCAUUUGCAUCCUGCUCUCCUCCGCUUGGCUAGUCAAAAAGUACCAGCAAAACUUGCUAGUCAUGCUAGGAUUUAUUAUCCCAUCAUAUAUUGGAACUAUAGUUCUGAUGACUGUUCCAAACACUACACUAGCCACAAAGGUUGGCUUGCUUAUCUCUUAUUACAUAUGCCUCAGUUUCUGGUCGAGUCAGACCCUGGCACUGUCCAUGGUAUCUCGCAAUAUUGCCGGACAAACGAAGAAAGCCACUGUUGUUGCCGCAACCUUUGUAUCAUGGGCAGCUGGAAACGCUAUUGGCCCCCAGGUGUUCCUGGACCGGGAUGCCCCUCGGUAUCACAUUGCCUGGAGUGUCCAUCUCGCCUGUUAUGCCUGCAUGACCGUGGCGGUGAUUUUCUUGCGAUUCUAUCUCAUCCGCCAGAACAAGAGGAAGGACGAAAUGGUUGCCGCUGCUGGUCUAAGCGCUGCGGACCCGAACCUUGUCCACGCCUUUGAGGAUAAGACUGACCAGGAGAACCUGAACUUCCGUUAUGUAUACUAG